AUGGCGGAAGUAAUUCUGUUUGAUGCUGCAGGCAAAAUCUUGGAAGUCUUGGGGUCGCUGGUUGCCAAAGAAAUCGGUUUGGCUAGCGGCGUUAAGGAUGAGAUUCGCCAACUCAUUGAUACUGUCCGCACUGUUAAAGAUAUUCUUCACGAUGCCGAGGAGCAGCAUAGCAAAAAGAAUGAAGAGGUGGCGGUUUGGCUUCAAAGGCUCAAAGAUGCGCUUUAUGAUGCAGAUGACUUGUUGGAUGAUUACUACACUGAAUUUCAACAAUUGAGAGAGGCGAUGAAUAGGAAUACAUUAGCGAAAGAGGUGCGUAUUUUCUUUUCCAAAUCUAAUCAGAUUGCAUUUAGUAUUAGUAUGGCUCAUAAAAUUAAAGCUAUUAAGAAAAAACUAGAGGCGGUUUUUAAUGCAAGGCCGAUUUACCUCGUUGAGCAGCUUCCUGAUAAAAACCGAGUGGAGAAUGUAGAAAGAGAAACACACUCUUUUGUGCAUGCUGAUAAGGUUUUUUGGAGAGACGAGGAUAAAAAUAAUGUGAUACGACUUUUGUUGGACUCGGAUGGUCGUGAAAAUGUUUUGGUGAUUUCCAUAUUUGGACUUGGGGGCUUAGGAAAGACUACACUUGCUCAACUUGUUUACAAUGAUCAGAAUAUCAUAAACCAUUUCAAAUUAAGGAUGUGGGUAUGUGUGUGUGAGGACUUUAAUUUGAAAAUAAUUAUGGAAAAGAUCAUAAAAUCUGCGACUCGUAAGGAAAUUGAAAAGCUUGAAAUUGAUCAAUUGCAAGAAUGCCUUCGCAAAGAAAUUAAUGGGAAAAAAUAUUUAUUAGUUUUGGAUGAUAUAUGGAAUGAGAAUCCUGGUAUGUGGGACAAAUUAAAAAAUUUGUUAGUGAAUGGAGCGAGAGGAAGUAAGAUACUGGUGACUACACGCAGUGAAAAAAUUGCUAAGAUUACUAGCAAAUUUUCUUCAUAUGUCUAUCCUUUGAGAGAUCUAGAUGAAAACAAGUCUUGGUCUUUGUUUCUGCAAAUAGCCUUUGAACAUGGGAUAGAGCCAAAAGAUUCAAAACUAGUGACGUUUGCAAGAGAGAUUGUAGCAAAGUGUGGAGGAGUUCCUCUUGUCAGAAUAACAAUAGGACACUUACUCUAUGGGAAUAAUAACAGAGAUCAUUGGCUGCAUUUCAGGGAUAAUAAAAUGACGAGUAUAAUUAAAAACGAAAGCGACAUUUUACCUGUAUUGAAGCUUAGUUAUGAUCAUCUUCCUUUACACUUGAAACAAUGUUUCGUCUAUUGUGCAUUGUUUCCCAAAGGUUACAAGAUUGAGAAGCAAAAGUUGGUUUACCUUUGGAUGGCCCAAGGUUUUCUUCAAGCAUCAAAUGAGAACCGAUGUUUAGAAGAUGUGGGUCAUAAGUAUUUUAUGAAUUUACUUUCAAGGUCGUUUUUCCAAGAUCCAGAAUAUGAUAAAUUGGACAAUGUAGUUGCAUGCAAAAUGCAUGAUCUUAUCCAUGACCUCGCUCAAUCAAUCGCGGGGUUUGAAUGCAUUGUGGCAACUUUAGACACAACCAACAGAUUUGAUAAAAGAUGUCGCCAUGUUUCACUUCAUAGUACAGUAGAUUCAUCAUGGAAAUUUCAAACUGUAGUGCAUGGUGUAACACAUGUAAGAACUUUACUUUUAUUUGAAUCAAAUGCUUUUCUUGAACUUGAUGGUGAUUUUGAAUUCUCAUCAAGUUCUAUGUCCUUGCGCGCUUUGGAUUUUGGAGAGUUGGAGUUUAAGAAGUUGCCAAGAUCGAUUGAUAAAUUGAAGCCUCUACGAUAUCUCAAUAUUUCUUAUAAUGGUUAUAUUGUAGCACUUCCUAAUUCAAUGUCGAGACUAUGGAAUUUAGAAACAUUAGACCUCUCUAACUAUUUAGAGCUUAAGGAACUACCAAGAGAUAUUAGAAAACUGGUGAACCUUAGGCAUCUUACAAAUGAAGAAUGUGAUUUUUUAGUUGGAAUGCCAUAUGGACUAGGGCUUUUGACUAAUCUUCGGACUCUAUGGAAUUUAGAAACAUUAUUACAGAUGCGGUAUCCGGAAAUGGAACGAUUAGCCUAUGCCUUGUUGAUCACUUCCAGAAAGUUGCGACCUUACUUCCCCGCUCAUACAAUUCAUGUAAUGACUAAUUACCCGCUCAGGCAGGUCCUCCAAAAGCCAGAGGCAUUAGUCUUCGCAUGUAAUCUUGUUCGUAUAAAUGUGUUAUCAUGUUCGCAUAGACUUGUUCCAAUAUUGUAG